AUGAAGAUGGAAAUUUCUGGGGUCCAACCCCAGCAGGCAAAAAUAGACCUCUUAUUAGUUGGAGAUGUCACUGUUCAAUACCUGUCUGAUAUUGUACAGAAAUUGUUUUCAAAUAUAGCAAAAGUCACCAUAACCAUUAGUGAUGUGAGGAAGGCAGCAGCACUUCUGAAUGAGUGCACAUUCAACAUGGUUUUCCUGAAGAUGACUUUACCAACUGCCAAGGAGCUGGAAGCUGUCAAAUUAAUUAGAUUUGGCAGGAAGAAAAAUAUACACUUGCUGUUUGUUUUUAUAAUCUCUGAAAAUUUUAAAGGUUGCCUUUCAGGGUACGGAGCUGAUAUUACUUUAAUUGAACCACUGACUAUGGAGAAACUUAGCAUUGUGGUAAAAUACUGGAAAACAUAUUUCUCAAAACAUACUGUUAAGAAUGAAAGUUCUAUGAAACCUGAACAAUCUGGAUUUCCCUGGCAGAAGUCCUGUAGUGAACAGCUGGGAUGUUUUUCUACUGAUCUAUUUUCUUGCUCUGAGUCUCUAAGAAAGGACAUUGGGCUUGAAUUAAAGGCGCCAUUUUCUGAUUUUGAAACAAGCAAAAAGAUUUCUGUUCUUCAUUCAAGCAAGGAAAAGCUGAGAAGAGAGCGAAUCAAGCAUUGCUGUGAGCAGCUGCGUACUCUGGUGCCAAGUAUAAAGGGGAGAAAGAAUGAUGUGGCUUCCAUUCUUGAGGCCACAGUUGAUUAUGUGAAGUAUAUCCUAAAGAAAAUCCCUCCAGCUGCUAUGGGCCAGAUUACAGAAGUACUUCAGAGCAAUAGGAGAUUUUGUAAGAAACAACAAAUGCCCAUCCAGCUAUCCCUCCCAGGCAUAAUCAUGGCACAAAGGGAAAACAGUGUAUUGGCAAGCACACACUCACCUCUGAGAGGAAUCAGUUUCCUGACUAAUAAGUGCCUGAAUGUGUAUUCUGUUCCUGCCUCAGGGGGCUCCUUGGAUGGCACUGUGAGAGGUCAGUCUAGCUCCACUUCAGAGAAUGCUAUUGGUGAUGUGUAUAAAACUCAAGUUCCCAGCACAGCUCUCUUUCUUAAUUCCUUCCAUGCUGUCAAUUACUAUUCUACAGUCAUCCCUUCCUAUGAUGCAGUUGCCGUAACAAAUCAGAACAUUUCAGUUCAUUUUCCAUCAGCUGUGCCCAAAGUCUCAAAGUUUCUUCCUCAGGAAUGCAAUACUGUGCUGGGCCAGACAUGCACAACACAUCCCAACUGCCUGCAACAAUUCUGGGCCUAUCAAUAG